AUGAGGAUACGACUUCCCUUUGCCGGCACCUUCUUCGCCCUCCUCCUGGCAGCCGCCUACCUAGGCCUAACGCCGCUGCACCUCGAGACGUACAUCAACGACAAGGUCCUCCACCUCCUCACCUUUUUCCUCCUGACGACCGUCUUCUACUGGAUCCUCGACACGACGCGCCGCCGCACCCUCAACCUCACGCUCCUCGUCUGCACGGCCCUCCUCGCCGUCGGCUCCGAGCUGCUGCAGGCGCUGCUGCCCAACGGCCGUGUCUUCGACCUGUUCGACAUCGCCGCCAACGUCGCCGGCUCGCUCGCCGGCGUCGGCCUGUGCACGUGGUACCACAAGCGCAUGCUCGAACGGAGGCGCGCGCAGCGGGGCUACGGCGCCGUCGCGGGCGAGGACGACGGCGAGGAUCUCGAGAUGGGGGUCGGCGGGCCGCAGGAGGAUGGCGUCGUCGACGCUGCCGAGGCGCGCUCGCUCGAGGAUGAGGUCGACAACUGGGAUGAGAACGCCGUUGACGAGUGGGAUGAGGACUUGGGCGGGGAGGACGUCGCGGCGGGCAGGGGAAAGGAGGCCGCUGGUGCUGGUGAUUCGGGUGAUAUUGGCGACUCGAAGAAACGCAGCGAUUGA